AUGCCCAAUCAGUACUUGCCGCUGGUUCCAGAAGAACUUAUUAGACCUAGAUUGGAGGUGCUAUGGAGGAUGGAAGGGGGUAUGAGCGACAUCGUUAUGUGCGAAGAAUUACAGAAGGUUUUCGAUACGUCAAACCUAUCCAGCUUCAAAAGAAUGAGGAAGCGCAUGGGAUUUUUAAGCACAAGGCAGCAAAGGCACACCAUUGAAACGAUCGCCGAACCUAUGGAAGAGUUGAGGGAGUGUUCAUCCUCCAGCUGUGACCACUGUUACGCCCUCACUAACAUGGUGGGCAGAGAGACAAUCAAGAAGUGGACUCAUGCGAAUGAGCCCGCGCUCGUCGCCAGACGACUUCGAAAGGGCAUAGUGCGGAAAGUAUUCUAUUGUGCCGGUGUCAAUGACCUUUGGUGCUUUGAUCAACACAACAAGUGGAAAUACCGAUUUGGUCUCUGUCUUCACGCUGGUGUCGAUCUGUUUACUGGGGUCAUAAAAUGGAUGAAGAUAUGGUGGAAUAAUUUGAAUCUGAUUUUGAUUUGCAAAUAUUACUUGGAUGUCGUGGAAGAUCUUGGAUAUGGCCUGCUUCUGACUCAAAGUGACGUCGGUAACGAAAAUGGAAACGUAGCUCGGGCUCACACUUUCUUGCGACAAUGGGCUGAUCCGGAGUUAUCUAAUACCGUACAACACCGUUGGAUGGCAGAGAAGAAGAAUAUCCCAUCUGAGAUAGUUUGGAGUGUACUCCGUGCAACUUUUAGCUUCGGCUAUGAGGGUGUCCUCCAGUUUGGUGUGGAAGAAGGAUGGUAUGAUCCGAAGGUCCCUUUGGAAGCUUUGGUAUUUCAUUACAUUUUUAUUCCUUGGCUACAACACGAGCUGGAUAAAUACGUCCUCAAAAACAACACAACCAAAAAAAGACACAAUCGAAAGGUAGCCCGUCCAAAUGGCAUCCCGUUGCUCAUCGAGCAGGCCCCGGAGCAAUUCGACGCUCAAGAUUACAAGUCCAUUUCUGAUCAUCCUGUGUUGGAACUGGUCCCAGAAUCAUUUCGGCGAUGUGCCGAGGUCUUUAUGAACGAGCUUGGGAAUCCCGAAAUAAGACAAGACUGUGUCUGGGAUAUAUAUCUUGGACUGUUGGGCAAGUUUCGUGAGCAUAACAUCAUCACCGUAGAUGAAUGGGAUUUCUUCGUCGAUAACAACUAUGACGAAGAAACCCCAGAGGACGUGAAUAACCCUUUGGUGCUAGAGCCACGGAGGAGUGAAGAAGUUGAGAACAGUCGAGAAUUAAGUGAACAAUCGGGUGAGGAGGAUUUUGAAAUAUCAGGAGAGGCGCCUAGGUUAGAGAUGUCAUUAGAGGACUUUUUGCAACAUAUGCAAGUAUAG